GGGCUUGUGUAGGACAGUUUUGAGGAGGGUUAUAUGACCCAGUACAACUUGCUGCCGGUUUAUAAUGAACGUGAAUUUAGGGCUCCAGUCUUCUUUCAACGGGAUCUGCCGGUGUUGUAAAUGUGGCAUCUGCUGGAGUAUGAACUGAGAAGCCGCCGGAGACGUCCCAGACUCCCAGUGCGUAAAGGAGAGGACUGGUAACUAAGGUAAUUGAUUCUGACUUCUGCCAUGUCCCUUCAUGCCCUUGCAUUAACCAUGUAUUCAAGAGAUAAAACUGAAGACUGAGACGAUGCAAGAAAGAGAUGAAAACCAUGGAUAUUCCAAGUUCACCCCUAAACAUCUUUCCAAGAAUGGCCACAGUUCAAUUUCCUUCAGAUGAAUUGCCCAGACCAGCUGUGAUAGGUUUAUCAGGGAGUUGUGGAUCAUACCCCAACAGUGCUACAGCCAUUAAGGAAAUUCUAGCUUCUGUUUUAAACAUCCCUAGUGGUAUAAAAUCUACAUCAGCAGAUCCACAGGAUGACAGUGAUCUAGAGGACUGGGAAGACAGCACCAGUGGUGACUUAAAUGACUCUGACAGUGAUUCUGACUGUGAUCAACUCCAUUCCAGCAUAUCAUGGGACAACCUGCAAACACAGAGUAGUGAAGCUGUGCCAACAGAUCUAAUCACUGUGCCAUCACAUGUUGCUGCUCCUAAUGCACUUCAAAAUCUGCCUGAUAAAACUCCACAAGGAAACUUUUCUGGCACAGGUCAACAAAAGGAUGCACGAAGAUUUUCGUCACCAAAUAUUUCAAGCCUCAGCUUUGAUCAAAGCAUAAUUAACUGUACAUCCGCCGUAGUGGAUAUACCCCUUAGCGCUGCUGUGUCGGGUGCUGACCUGUGUAGUAAAGAUGUUAAACUGUUGCGUCGAAGAUCACAGUCCUUUUCCAGUAUUCUAAAAGCUCUAGAUACAUCGCUGACUACAAGUACAGAAAUACUGCACCAAUCAACAGAAAAUAUCUUUGAGCCUACAGUGAACCUUGAAAAUGAGAAUUCUCAUUUCUUGAUAGCGGACAUAUUUAUAUCGGUUGUUGAGAACUUGAAAAGUGGACUGCAGAGUAUGCAUUAUGAGCAGUUGGCUGCGGAUAGAAGAGCCAUGUGUUCACACUCGUGUAAAAAUCGCACCAUGGACCUUGGCACCUCCAGACAGAAAAAGCCUUCAGAAUCUGCAGCUUCUGUUGACAGCGGAUAUGAGGGUUUAUUUGCAAUGCAGCACAAUUUUCCUGCAGAAUCCUUUACAGAACACGGCUCUAAGCUGUAUUGUGAAUGGCCAAGCUUUACAGAUGCUGCUUUAGAAGAUCUUGAACACCCUGCUGUAUGGCACAAUUCACCUAUGGAUUAUUAUUUAGAACCUGACUCUAAACAUCAAGCUUUUUGGAAGAACCCCCCUGUCGACAUGAGCACUACACAUGAGUCAAAACAUACUGCACUGUGGCAAAAUUCUCCUUCGAGUGAUGUUGUAGAAGAGAAUACAAGAUAUUAUGCAGAGUGGCAGAAAUCGACAAACAAUACUGCAGAUGACAAUACCAAGUGUUGCCUGGCAUGUGAAGGCUGUAACGAGUUUGACGAAUUUGUCAUUAUUGAUAUGGUAGAUGACAAGAAAUACCCCUUGGAAGCUGCUAUGGAAUCGGGUGACCAAACUGAGCGGGAGAUCCCUGCUGCAGGCUCCAACUCUGCAGAGCAAACACUGAAGAAGCUGUUCAGGGGUUUCCGUCAUCAGUGGCUUCAAUAUGAAGCCAAAAUUGCACUGGCUGGAACCGUGACCCUAGAUACAGAGAAUAAUAAGGACUUUUUGCCAGAAGAGUUUGAGUCGAGUUUGACAUUGGCAGAGGAGAUAAAAAAGUCCAGGAAGAGGGAAGCAGAAGAAUGGGCCCCACCUCGAUUUCAGAUAAUAAAUGCCAUUCACCCUUCUCCUAAGAGAGAUGUAAUUGUAGCAUCCCAAAAUUACAUGUGCACUGGCUGUGGAACAAAGGUAGAGCCAAGGUACACUAACAGGCUGCGGUAUUGUGAGUACCUUGGAAAGUAUUUCUGCGACUGCUGUCACAGCAACUCCGUGAGUUGUAUACCCGGCCGGAUUCUGUUGAAAUUCAACUUCGGCAAAUACCACGUCAGCAACUUCUCUAAAAAUGUUGUGGAUAGUAUAUGGCAGAGCCACAAAUUCAACGUCCUUACUGAAAACCCUGAAAUCUACAAGAAAGUCAAAGAUCUAAGCAGAAUUAAAGAACUUCAGGAGAAACUGAUUCCUAUGAAGAGACUUCUGUGUACUUGUAGACUUGCAAACAGUGUGCUUAAGGAAUUUAAAGACCUCCCCCAUCACCUGACUGAAGAGCUCGACCUGUUCACAUUAAGUGACUUGUUUAAUGUUAAACAGAAGCUGCUUCUUCCUGCCCUUCGGGAGCUUACGGCGUCUGCUGUCGCUCAUGUUGCUAAUUGUGAGCUGUGCCAAGCCAAGGGUUUUAUAUGUGAGUUUUGCCAUGGCCCCGACGUCCUCUUUCCCUUCCAGAUGGAAAUGUGUAGAAGAUGUGAGGUUUGCAAAACCUGUUAUCACAAGAAGUGCUUUAGCACCCGCGAUUGCCCAAAGUGCUGCAGAAUCGAAAGGAGAAAAGCCCUGAAGAGAAGUCUACAGCAGACUGAAAGGAAACCAGAGCAAUGAUGCGUUUCCUUUUUUUUUUAUACCACAAUCUGUAUAUUAUGCACAGCAGUUUAUUUAAGAAAGUAACAGAAUUUUUUUUGUGUGGAAGUUUGAGGGUUUUAUAUUUUAUUCAUAUUUUAACAGCCUUUUUAAGUCUCCGACACUGAAUAUAUUUAGGAAUAACCGCAAGCCUCUGUCCGAACCUGCCCUGCUUGAGCUGCCUGAUUCUAUUGGAUAAUAAACCAUUAGGAUGAGCACAUCUGAGUAGAAUGAACUGCUGAAAUGAUUUCUUUUGAUGUUACAUGCAGAGUGGGGAACUGGAGAUCUCUAAACUUCUGCUUUGCUUCUGAACUGCACUGGUGGUUUACUAAGGGCCUCAAUAAACUAGAGAUACACUGAAUCCACUAUUUUGGAUUCGCCCGAACCCCCGAAUCCUUUGUCAAAGAUUUGGUUGAAUACCAAAGCCUAAUUUGCAUAUGCAAAUUAGGGGUGGGAAGGGGAAACAUUUUUUACUUGUUUUGUGAGUCAUGAGAUUUCCCGCCCGCUCCUAAUUUGCAUAUGCUAAUUUGGAUUCAGUUUGACCAGGCAGAAGGUUUUGGCGGAAGCCUGCAGAAAAAGGCAGAAUCCCAAACCGGUUCCUGGAUUUGGUGCAUCCCUACAAUAAACGUGCAAGUCAGUUGACUGUGGGGCCAUUAGGACACCUAUUUACGUGGCAUAUUUUAUAAUCCAAACUGCUAAACAUAUUUGGACUCCAUUCCCGUGUAAGCUUCCAGGACAUUGCUUUAGCUGCCCCACUGCUCUGACCUCAUGGGAUCUAAUCCAGACUAUAACAUAGGAAGUUAUCUCUUCCGAACCCCUCUUGUGUGACACACGGGCCAGACAUUAUUCUGGCUCAGUCACUUACAUGACUAUGGGAAGGCAAUUUGACUUCCUUGUACUUGAUCUGAGUGAAUACACAUGAAGCAAGUCGAGCAUCAGCAGUAAUACUUUUAAUGGAAGUUUACAGUAGCCCCAUGGCAGCAUAGGAACGGGUAAUGGUUAUAUCAGUCUAGGCUAACUUUAAAAAAAUAAUGUUUCUUCUCUUUUGCACAAUCAUUGUACAGUUUAUUUUAAGUAAUUAACAGCAGACACUUUUUUUUUAUCUUCUGCCGAAACACCAUGACACCACCUCCUACUCUUUGCCCCAACUUAUUUGCAAUAGAAGGGGGGGGGGUUCUCCCAAAUAUUUUUUAUUUUCCAUUGGUUAUUUCUGCUGAUGUGUACAAAACAAAUUAUUGCGUUUUUUUAAAAAAAUGUCAUACAUUUUGCAACUUUGAAUUAUUAAAAAAAAAAAUAAGAAAAAAAUCAAUGGCCUUGUGGAUCCUGGUUAUUAGUCAACAUUUAUCAUAUUGAAUUCGGUUGCCUUUAAAAAAUUAAAGUACAAGCUGUUUUGUAUUUGCAUAUUUUAACUUAGGGAAAAAAAGAAUUCUUAUAUAGAUAUGGAAUCCAUUGUGUGGAAACCCUUGCCCAGAAAGCUUUGAGUUAUCGGAAGGCCAUUUGCAAUAUGAUCCCUUAUCCAGAAAUCUAUCCAAGUCCUUUAUGGGAUGAGCAAAUUGAAGGCAAGUUAACACUGCUCUGGCUUGUCCCCAUGGACUGAAAUACUGGAUCUGUUGUGAUAUUACCGAAUAUCUGUUGAGCAGGCACUCAAAUUUUAAACCAGGCGGAUAAGAACAAGUGAAGACUUUAUUCAUGUCAUGGAUAAGCAGCAUCAGUGUCUGACUGGCCCGGUGGGACAUCAGGAAAAAACCCGGUGGGCCCUCGCCGAGCCAGAGCUCUUCUCCAGAUAUUUAAAAUCGGGAAAAAAAAUUCCGGCGCAGAGCCGCAUGCGCGCUGAAUGGCUCACUCACUGAGCCAACGCAUCUUAGAAGGGGGGCCCUGGACAGCAGUCUCGGUGGGCCACGGGCCCCCCAGUCCGACCCUGAGCAGCAUUAUGCGUUUCGUGCUACAAACACUUAGGGGGUUAUUUACUAAACCUCAAAUCUAAUCUUUAUAUUAAACUAAGCUUGACCAUACUCAUUAUCUCAUUUAUCAAUCAAAUAAAAAAAAAUUUGGGUUGGGAAAAGACAAAAUCGAGGGAAAACUCGAAUCAUACAAAUUUUUCCUAUUUUGCCCGCAAAAUUAUCAGGUUAUUGCCUGAAGCCUAAAAAUUUUCAGAUUAUCGGACGAACCCAGUGGAGAUAAAAAUUCAAAUUGUAAAAGGGACAUCUCCCAUUGACUUCACUUCUACAUGACCUCUGCAGGUUUGAGAUAGCGGAUUUUCGAAUUUAAGGUUUUAGCAGCUUCAGGGUAUAAUAAAUCUCGAAAUUAGUCAUAGGCUAACUAAACCAAUCUCAGUUUGCAAUAAGGGAGUGCACCCAUCAAGAGGCAUUUUUAACAUGCAACUUUGUAGCAGCCGAAUACCCUUUUUCCCCCACCCCCCCUCACUACCAAUAAAGGUUUUAAAAUAAAACAAUAUAUUAAUUGUAAUUCCAGGUACGCAGUCUACCUCAUCGCUUGUGGGAGAUGUGACAAACAGUCUGUAGGACAGACUAGCAGGACCCUGAAAGAACAUGUGCAAGAACUUUAUAAUAUUAAGAAUAAAUCUGAGACUAAUGAGGCCAAACACUUUAUGGAGUGUGGUUCAGAUGAUUUAGUCUUCUUUACUAUAUGAGAUAUACAAGGAAUCUUUCCUGACCAGAGAGGUGGUGAUUUCAUGAAAAAAUUGUUACACAAAAUGGAUUUUUGUUUUGGGCACUAGAUCUCCUCUAGGGUUAAAUAAUGAGUAUGAUCACACCCCAUGCCAUGCGUAUUUGUUUGAAGGAGUACUUCAUGCUCUCUUAUUGCAGGGAUUACUUUUAAUAGUUGCUUUGUGUCUCUUGCAUCAAAGCUCUCGAUUGAAACGAAAUGUCGUCAGGUCAUUAGGCUCGAAAUGCAGAAUAUCUCUACCAACUUUUUUUUCCUGAUUAUUCACAGCACAUGCGUUACCUGAGCUUAGGAACCAACUCACCAUAUACUGUGUACAUACAAUUUACAAUUCAUAAUAAAAGGCUGAUUUUCAUGACAUA